AUGCACUCUGCAACUGGACUGGUGACAGAUUCUGCAUCCAGUGUUAUGGGAGGGAAGGGGGCCGCACGAAGCCGACUGGGGGCCGCAGCUGGUUUUGUGUUCACAUACUUUGAACCGGGCCCUCUUGGUGCCCCCCUUCACCACAGCAACCCUCGCCAUGGCAACUGCCCCCUCAAAGGAACAACCUGUGACCCGGUCCACAUUGUCCUCAGCUGCUCUUCAGACCCGGUCCACGUUGUCCUUAGCUCCUCCUCAGACCCGGUCCACGCUGUCCUUAGCUCCUCCUCAGACCCGGUCCACAUUGUCCUUAGCUCCUCUUCAGACCCGGUCCACGUUGUCCUUAGCUCCUCCUCAGACCCGGUCCACAUUGUCCUUAGCUCCUCUUCAGACCCGGUCCACGUGGUCCUCAGCUCCUCUUCAGACCCGGUCCACGUUGUCCUUAGCUCUUCUUCAGACCCGGUCCACGUUGUCCUCAGCUGCUCUUCAGACCUGGUCCACGUUCUCUUCUUCAGACCCGGUCCAUGUGGUCCUCAGCGCUUCUUCAGACCCGGUCCAUGUGGUCCUCAGCUCUUCUUCAGACCCGAUCCAUCUGGUCCUCAUCUCUCUUCAGACCCGAUCCAUGUGGUCCUCAUCUCCUCUUCAGACCCGGUCCAUGUGGUCCUCAGCUCUUCUUCAGACCCGGUCCAUGUGGUCCUCAGCUCUUCUUCAGACCCGGUCCAUCUGGUCCUCAUCUCCUCUUCAGACCCGGUCCAUGUGGUCCUCAUCUCCUCCUCAGACCCGGUCCACGUGGUCCUCAGCUCCUCUUUCAGCUCUGAGAGGAUUAGCUGCUUGUGUCUAGUGCCUCUGCUGACCUCUGACCAGCAGUGUCUCUGUCCAGGAGCUGAUCGGUGUCGCUCUGGUUCAUCAGUGAAGAUCGACAUCACAGGUGAGCCCUUCCCCCGCACCGCCUACAAGGAGAACGGGUACCAUGCAGCUGGAGCCACGGGACCACCCACAGUGGACGAGUCGGCCAACCUGCCCCCCUCUCCUCCCCCAUCCCCGUCGGCCGAGAGGGGCGGGGCCUCAGCACAAGCGGAGAAAACUGGGGUUUGCUUCUCUGCGGACAUAGACCUCCACUCUCCCCGAGAAGAAGCCUCCUCUGGUCUGACCCACACACAGGCAGAGGCCCCGCAGUUUCAGAAUGGUGGAAGUCAUCAAGAUCCUGAUGUACAACUGCAACUGGAAGAAGGUUGCAAGGUUGGAGAACAGGAAAAAGAGGACAUUAAAGAACCACAGUGCACAAACAAAAAUGAAAACAAAGAUCUUGUUGAUGACGCUAAAUGCCAGACAACAGAUAUCCCCCAAGAAAUUAAAGUUGCAGAGAACAUGGAAGAUAUCUUUGACCAACCAACUGUAGAAGAAACAGCACUAGAUGCCUCCAUACUCGACACAGACAGCGGAUGGAUGGACACUCAAGAUGAGGACAAAAGCAUUGUCUCUGAACAAAUUGAAGAACUUCCAAAAGUCGAAGGCACAAGCAGCCCUCGCCCGGUCGACAAAACUAGCAAACAUACCUCCAGCAAACGUACCUCUAGCAAAGUACGUGGUCCACCUUGCCACGCGGAGAGUCGAGCCAAUCGCAAAGCUGCUAGUCACGUUUCCAAAGAAGAAAUCAAGAAGAAUAAAGUUGGGAUAAGGAAAGCUGAACAGAAUAGGUUGUCGGUCCUCCGCUGUUACUCGCCAUCGCGAAAGAACGCAGGCAAAGCAGCGACCCGACAUCCGAGGCCCUCUGCUAGACGCAAGGCCCCAGGAAUGGAGAGCCACCAGCCCCUGAGUGUGGCACAUCAGUCAAGAGAAAGGACAACGAUUCAGAGAAAACCAAGCCCCACUCGUGCUGUCCUGCUGAAGAUGGCCGUGCAGAGGCGGGCGCAGGAGCAGGCUAGGGCAGGUCGCCCGUUCUCUGCGGGCUCCCUCCGCAGCGACCCUCGUCUGGAGGCGGGGUUAAACCAGGCUCGCCCCACCUCUGCCUGCUCCCCGAUAACUCGUGCUAACCAGCGGGGAGUUGAGGAGAGAACAUAUCGGAGUCCAGAGAAGCGGUCCUCCCUGCCCAGACCAGCCAAGUCUCUGACCAGGCACAUCCCGGCCUCAGAGCAGGACGACAGCACCCCCAGCAGGCCAACCUGCACCGAGUCCAGCCGCUCCCGCUCGGCCCGCAGUGGCACCUCCACCCCCACGGCGGUCACCCCGGGCACCCCGCCUAACUACUCGUGCCGCACCCCAGGCUCUCGGACCCCGGGCAGCCACACGCCCAAGUCCUUCAGCGUGCUCCAGGAGAAGAAGGUGGCCGUCAUACGCACCCCUCCCAAGUCCCCGUCCUCGGUCCAGCGGCAGCUCAAGGUCAUCAACCAGCCCCUGCCCGAUGUGAAGAACGUGCGCUCCAAGGUGGGCUCCACGGCCAACCUCAAGCACCAGCCCAAAGGAGGACAGGUGAUGAUCCCCAGUGUCAAACUGGACUUCAGCCACGUCCAGGCCAAAUGUGGCUCUCUGGACAAAGUCAACCACCUCGCUGGAGGAGGCAACAUUCAAAUCCAGACCAAGAAGAUCGACCUGAGCCACGUGACGUCCAAAUGUGGAUCCAUGUCCAACAUUCACCACAGACCAGGUGGAGGGCAGGUGAAGAUCGACAGUGUGAAGCUGGACUUUAAAGACAAGGCCCAGCCCAAAGUGGGUUCUUUGGACAAUGCCACCCACACUCCUGGAGGAGGCAACAUCAUGAUUGAGAGCCACAAGCUGAUGUUCCGGGAGACGGCCAAAGCUCGCGUGGACCACGGGGCCGAGAUCAUCAGUCUGGAAACAGAAAGUACCUCGCCUCGCCUCUCCACCGGAAGCAUCAACAUGGAGUCCCCCCAGCUGUCCACCCUGGCCCAGGACGUGACCGCGGCCCUGGCCAAACAGGGCUUAUGA